CCAUGUACUAUACCGGUAGAAGCAUGCCAUGCCAACAGCUACGAUUCAUCAGUUCUAGGAAAGUAAUGAAGAGUACUGGCACGGCUCCAUUGGCGCAGUGAAGCUUCCUGUAUUAUGUGCACCCGUGCACACACCCGCAUUUAUAAGCUGUGAAACGAGUGACGAUUAAGACUGGGAAAUUUUAAGUGCUUCUUAAAUCCGACGGACCACUCAUCUGGUGUCCGCAAACGGCAAGAAAAACAAGGAUGCUCGAAUUCGCCAGACCGUUGCAGAACAUUCUGCGUAUCAAGCAGGUGAAUUCUACCGAUCUCAUAUGGCGACUGCACUGUCGCGCGACAGUGUAUCUGCUGCUGCUGGCGUCCCUACUUUUAUCGGCCCGCCAAUACUUUGGCAAUCCGAUCGACUGCGUGAUCGGCAGUGGCGCAGUGCCGGCUUCGACGAUGAACGAAUUUUGCUGGAUCAUGGGCACGUACAUAAGCAGCGAUCCCAACUUCGUAUUGGAUAGCACCGAUUUGGUGAAGAUCAACGCCAAGAUUGGACACAUUCCGGAGAGUGAACGAUCGUACCAAAAAUACUACCAGUGGGUCGUGUUCAUCCUAGCGCUGCAGGCGGGCAUGUUCUCGCUGCCCAACUUUCUGUGGAAGGCUUGGGAAGCUGGCCGUUUGCAAUCGCUUUGCGAUGGGUUGACGUCACCCCUCGUUCCGGAUCAGUGGGAAAAGUCGCGCAAGAAACAGCUGAUCGCUCAUCUCGUGGCCGAUUUUCCACGCCUGCACCGGACGUACCUGCUGCGCUAUAUCUUCUGCACACUGCUUAACUUCUGCAACGUGCUGGUAAACAUUUUCCUCGUGAACCUUAUCUUUUCCGGCUUCUGGACAAACUAUCAUCCGGCCGUGACGGCGCUGCUGUCGUUCGAUUUUCCCUCCUGGAACCGGUACAAUUCGCAAGUGUUUCCGAAAAUUGCCAAGUGUGAUUUUCACUUCAUUGGACCUAGCGGUUCCAAGCAGAACCGCGAUGGUCUCUGCCUGUUGUCGCUGAAUGUUGUGAAUGAGAAGAUUUUUGCCUUCCUAUGGGUAUGGUUUUUGAUGUUGCUGGUGAUAUCUGCACUGAACCUGCUCUACUGGGUGGUCGUGCUGUGUAGCAAGAGUUUUCGAGCGUGGCUACUGGCCACACCACUGUACCCAAUCCGUUCGACGGUAGUGUCGCGUGCGCUGGACGGGCAAGAAAUUGGCAAAUGGUUCCUGCUGCAUCAGCUGUGCCGCAAUCUUAAUCCCAUCAUUAGUCGGGAACUGUUGACGAGCAUGUCGAAAGUGAAAAACGCCAACAACCGGAAGUCGUACCGAAUGGCAAAGACGGGCGAACCGGACUUUUACACCGAUCCGGAAGGAUUCGUUGAGGAGGAUGUAUAACGCAAAAGCCCUUGGGCACACGCAUCAAUGUGCAACGAGCGCAAAAGUGUGCGACAGGAGGGUAUUUCCCACUAGCGAAGGAGUCGUCGGUUGUUAUAGGACAACAGACUGCGGAAACGAAACCAUUCCAGAAAGUGUCUUCAUUCCACCCGAGAGCGAUCUAUAUCCUUGCACACUGUAUUGUGCAGUAUCGUGAGUUUUUUCCUUCCUAUUGAAUUGUUUCAUUCUAUUUACUAUGAACGCGUUAUGCAUUUCAUUUUCAUUUCACGUACGAUAAGUUCGUAUAUACACACACAUAUGUAUGCACAAUAGAUAUUGUGAAUCUCUAUAACUUAUAAGUGCCAUGAACAAGUAAUCGAAACGAUAGAUAGGAAUUGGAUAUUAGUUGUGCGGAUAAUGCACAGGAGCAGAGUCGCUUUGUGCAUUGCGUAGUUUGCAGUCACGGAAUGGUUGAAUAAGUGCCUUAAUGUACAUAAGUAAGAAACCUCUUCCUUUCGAAAUUAUUAUUGCUAGAAGCAAAUAAAGCACUAUUGUUGAUAGACAUUUUUCUUAAUUUUCAUGUAA